UCCUUCGCAGCCCCACAGUCAACAGAUGCAACUGUUUCAGACAAAUCCAUGAGAAUGAAAGACACUUUUUGUUGUCGUUAGUGAUUUUCUUGGUGACCGUCGCCGAGUCCCAGGAGAGCCUGUUCCAGAGGAGGAUUUCUUUCCUGUCACCUUUCCCCUGCACAAGCAGCUGAGGAUCAGGUAAUGAGACACUGCACCCUGAGGCGCAGGUGGUUGUGAAGCUGGCAGGGAAGCAAUGGUCUUUUCUGAUGUCAGGUUGGGGAUUACUAAUGUUUUCUCCCAAGCGCGUGAGCAGUGCAGAGGAGCCCAAGUCACUCUGGAGGCCAAGCCCUGAAUAGCACAUGAUAGGAAUUGCUUGUGCUAAAUUAACCUUGUCUCUGUAUUUUAUUUUUGAUUCAGACCAUCUCUGCCUGCCCUGGUGACUCCAGGCUGCCAAAUCCUUCCUGCUCCAGGUCCCCCUAUCCAGCCAGGACGGAUGGCAUCUGGCACCCCACCAGUGUAGAGGCGACAACAGUUUUUGGUUAAGGAGAUAUCGUGUUAGAUAUACUUAGGAUGCAAAACAUGGGUACAGGCCUUGUCUGGAAAAAUGGAACUGGGUAAGGAAAGGUAGAGGGAACGCGCCUUUUGAGAAGAGAGGCCAAGAGCAGACAUGAGGGGCAAUGGGCCUGCACAAUUUUAUCCAGGUUUGCCACCGAGGGCUGUAAGGGAAAAUCAGAGAGGGGCAGUUAUCCCUGGUAGAGAGUAAGGGAAGGGGCAAGGGGGAGGGAUGCAGGAGAAUGGGAAGUGCUUUAAUGUGUUUGUAGGGGAAGGGGCAGUGCAAGACGGCGUAUUCCAACAAGUCUCCUAAUACAUGGCAGAGUCCCCUUCCAGGUACAAGACACAUCCACCUAGCUGCAUCAUCUAAGACGCCCAGCAGCUUUAGAGACUCCUGGGAGGCAGGACCCCUUGAAGCCAAGGACCAAACAAGAAGGAUGAAGAGGCUGAGGUGGAUCCUCAGAAAGAGGACAGCAAGGAUGGCCCUGGGACAGGAGAAGGAUGGGAAGAAGCCUGAGGAGGAGGAGCAGGGCGGCCACCACCAGGCAGAGGCUGCAACAUUGAAGGGCAGGUGGUGGCACCGUCUCGUGGGCUGGAGAAGAAGGGCACCUCCAGCAGCCAUGGAAGAGCGGGGAGUGGAGCCAGUCAGGCCCCGAUGGAGGUGGCCCAGGAUACAGCUGGGCAGGCAGGGCCCAGCACCAACAGAGAGCCAGGCACAGCCCCCACACAGCUCCAGCCCCAAACACAGCAGCCAGGACCCCAGCCCUAAAGCCCAGCCGAAGGCCACUCCUCAUGUGGCCUGGGAGGAGAUGCCAGGCUCCCCAGGGCAGGAGCUGCACAGGCCCUGUUUCAAGCUCAGCUCCAGCUCCUCCAGGGAGGACAGCGACAGCUCCCAGGAGGCUGUGGGCCUCCAGCAACAUGCUGCCACCACCAGAGAUACAAUCCUGCCCUUCUACAGGGCAGAGCAAAAGCAAAGGGAGGACUUCACCUACCUGGAGGAACCCACCCUCUCAGUCAUCCUAUGGCACCUCCAGAGCACGGACCAGACUGUGAAUGAGGGGCUCACUUUCCUCCGUGCCGUCCCCACGCUGUGCCUGGCUACAAUGGAGAGGGGCGAGGACACCCUGGAGCCGCCCUGCUGCAAAGCGGCACUUGUGGAGAGGAUUGUGGUGCUGAUUGAGAAGCUGUCCCAGUGUGAAGAAGAGCCCAGCACCAUCCUUCCUUACAGCAUGGCUGCUGUUUGCAUCCUCAGCAAACUGAAGCCAGCCCUGGAGCCAGCCCUGGAAUCGCGCCUCCUCUACACCGCCCUCCACAAGACCUUCCUAAUGGCCACAGGGCACAACAGCCAGCACAUCCAGGGAAUGCAGCGGAUGACCGUGGAGUACCUGGAAGCCACGCUGAGGUGCCUGCUGGCAACUGCACCCAGCCUGGCCAGGCUGCAGUUCAUCGGGCAGCACUUGACCUUGUGGCUCCAGCUGGAAGAUAAGAGGGACAGAGCCACAGCCAUCAAGAUCACCACCAGCCUGCUCUGCUUUGCAGUUUCCCUCCUCCCACAGUUUGAGGUAAAUGAUCCUUACUCGCCCAAGGUGCCCCAGUUGGGUGACCUGGUGGCCCUGCUGGGUCUGUGCAUCAGCGACCCAGUGGAGGAGAUCAGCCGCCAGGCCAAAGAGGCCCUCUCCCACCUCUACAAGAUCUUGCUGCAUCAGAAGGGUAUGGAAACCUUGAGUCCAGCUGUGGGAAUCACCUGA